AUGGUGGGGGGGUUGAAGAGGUGUGGUAGUAUGGGGGGUGGGUGGAGUGUAUUGAGUUUGGUGGGGGUGGGUGUGGGGGGGGUUUUUUUAUAUGGGUGGGGGAUGGGAGGGGAUUUUGUGGGUGGGUUGGAGGGUGUUGAAGUUAAAUGGAUGUGGGGGUGUGGAGAGUGUGAUUGGGUGGGGGUUUUGGGUUGGUGGGGGUUUAAGUGUGUAGGUGGGUAUUUGGGGGUGUGGUGGGGGGGUGGGGUAGGGGAUGGGGGAGUGGGGUUUUAG